GGUGGCUGGAUAAAGAGGGUGCCUUUUCUGUUGUGGACUGCAUUUCAGUUUUAAUGCAACAAGGAAUCUCUCUUGAUUAUUCAUGCAAAAAUGCUGCUUGGGUUUUCCGAGGUUCCUUCAAAAGUCAAGAUCUUCUCGGGACAGCAGCUCCUUCGGCCACUGAACUGAAUUGUUAUUUGAGAAUCAAACUUCUCCUGAUGAUAUUGUUUGUAAAGUUCAAACAUAUUCUUACUCUUGGUAUGCAGCUUUACAUACAAAACAAUUUCCAGAUGGUUUUAGUGUCUUGGCUGAUUAAUCCCAAAGGUAUGUCUUCUCCAAUCUCCAGUGUAACUUGGGUUUUCAUGGUUGGAUAUCCCUGAGCUUCUGAUAAUUAGUAUUGGAUAUGCUGUGUUUUGUUUAGGAUCAAUAAGCUUAUUCUUGGUACUUAUUUUUGGAUGCAUAGUGGCUUGAAAAUUUUGGGGACUGCUUAUCCAAUAUGGAAGAUAAUAUCAUUCCCUUCUGCUGAUUAAAAGUUUGAAGGGAUGAGAGCUAGGCUGCAGUGAUACCAAAAGCUUUCAUUUUUCAGUGGAAGGCAAAUAACUUUGUCUGCUGCGGAUUGAAACUUUUGAUGAAUCUAAGGCUAAGUUUCACGUUCAGGGGACUCAGCUAGAUACUUGACUCCCUUGGCACUGUACACAUCCAAUUGUCCAUGAUCAGGCUUACCUGAAGUUUCCACAUCCCUACUUGCUGUAUGAAGUUAACACUUGAGCUGUUGGUUUAAUGGCAUAGAUAUCUGUCUUUUUCUGUGAGAAGGUUCGGAGUUUUGCAAACAAUAGUAUUACCAGUUCAAACUCGCUCCUCAUAUGCUGCUUUUCCUGUAUUCAUAACUCUCUGCUGAUUUCUUGAUGAAAUUAGAAUUUGAUAAAUUGAGUUGCUUCUUUGGUAAUUUUCUGAUUUUUGUUUUGCUUUGUAUUUUUUCAUGUAUUGCAGGAAUGGAAUGGGGCAUUGCUUCUGAAUUUUAUCUUUUGCUUUCUUUACUGCUCCUCGAUACAAAUGCAAAGUUCCAAGUACAUGUUUUCCUUCAAGUCCUUACCGAGCCAGGAGCCAUGCACCCAAUGUCAUUACCACAAACUAACAAGCUAAGGUCAAGUUUCAUGAUUCUUAUGAUUGUUCCUAUCAGAGGAAAGACAAAUUUGGGAGAGCAUUGGUGAAUGGUCCAUGAUUUUCCUUAAUCCAAUAAUAAAUGGACUUGAGGAGGUAUCUGAAGUUUAAUGAAACUUCUAUCAUUUCUUUGAAUGUAUGUUACCAGCUGAGAGUUGAUUCAAGUUAUCCCUGUAUUGUGUCUACCCAGCAACUGAAGCCUCAAGACAUGAACUUAGUGUUGAUGGAGAUCUAUUACAGCAUCUGCUUGUAGAAGGAAAGAAAUGCCACUUGGAGUUCAUAAAUAAAGCUGAGCAUCUUGAUAUCUCAAAAGGACUUCUGCAAAAGAAUGUGCAGUAGCUGCAUUUGUUUUGGCAUUCAGUGGGUGAGAUUCAAGCUUUGAUAUUGCUAGAAUUCCUUUUUGAAGAUUUCAUUAUUGUUGUAAGUCUCUAGUCCUAUCUAGAGAAGAAACUUUGUAAGAAUGU